UGUAGGAGCUGUCGAAGGAAACGGAUUCACCAACCCACACGUCAGCGCUGUGUGGGCCCAAAGCUACUCUUUAUGGAAGGUGGGAGAGAAAUGGGGUGAGAGCACUUAGAAGGGAAGGGAAUUUUUUAAACCAGAAAGAAAAUUAGAUAAAUUGGCUCCCAUUUGACUAAACAUUUGUUCCUUUUGUACACCAUGAAUUAUGUAUUGGAUCAAAUCAGAGUCACAUUUCUCAGUUUAAAUCCACUCAGCACCAAACAAGCUAACAGUUUAAAGAAUUUGUGCAGAUGUAUUUUGUAAGAGUGUUUGUGUAAAAUAUAUCAGCUCUUUGGUCUAAAUCAGGUCAGCAGUUGUUGUUUUGAUUUUCAAAUCUAGUCCUUUUUAAGAUAAAUUUACCUUUGAGUAGACAUUUUCUGCCUAGUCGUGUUUUUAUUCAUUUCCUGUGACCUGUUUAUUUAUUUAGGAUAACAUUAGUCAGCAGAACAACACCAACCCAGCUUGUAAAGAGAUCCAUUAAAACUCUGGAAAAGCUCUUUCAUUUGAUGGAUCAGUGUGUGAAGUUUGUUGCAAGUGAAAGCUUAAUAAAUCAUUGAUGUAUUUGCAGCUAAAGUUGGCGUUCAUCUGAUUCUUGUUGAGUUUGCUCACCUGGAGCAGAGUGUCCAUACUUUCAUAAACAUCACUUUUGUUUUUGCUGGAAGAUGCAGGCAAGUGCUGGACUUGAUGCUCUUAUUCAAGGCAUGCUAUCAGCUUGAAUACUGACAGCUGCAGAGAUUUUCACACAUGAAACAGAGUUAAUUAUUUAUAUAACAUGCUGCACGAUUCGGUCUGUGGGAGUUUAACCAAUCGUUUACCUUCCACAGGACUACACACUGACUAUGUACUUCCAGCAGUACUGGAGAGACAAGAGGCUGGCCUAUGCAGGGAUCCCGCUCAACCUGACCCUGGACAACAGAGUCGCAGACCAGCUCUGGGUCCCAGACACCUACUUCCUAAAUGACAAAAAGUCCUUCGUGCAUGGAGUCACGGUUAAGAACCGCAUGAUUCGGCUACAUCCGGAUGGCACGGUUCUAUAUGGACUCAGAAUCACAACAACAGCAGCCUGCAUGAUGGAUCUGAGGCGAUACCCUCUGGAUGAACAGAACUGCACCCUGGAAAUUGAGAGUUAUGGUUACACAACAGAUGAUAUAGAGUUCUACUGGAAAGGAGGGGACAGUGCUGUGACCGGGGUGACUCGGAUCGAGCUUCCUCAGUUCUCCAUAGUUGACUACAAACUGGUCUCCAGGAACGUGGUUUUUUCCACAGGUGCCUAUCCUCGAUUGUCUCUGAGCUUCAAGCUGAAACGAAACAUCGGAUACUUCAUCCUGCAGACGUACAUGCCCUCAAUCCUCAUCACCAUCUUAUCCUGGGUGUCGUUCUGGAUAAAUUAUGACGCCUCAGCUGCCAGAGUUGCAUUAGGGAUCACUACUGUGCUCACCAUGACAACCAUCAACACUCAUUUGAGGGAGACACUACCCAAGAUCCCCUAUGUCAAAGCUAUAGACAUGUACCUGAUGGGCUGCUUUGUCUUCGUUUUCCUGGCUCUGCUGGAAUAUGCAUUUGUCAACUACAUCUUCUUUGGACGGGGUCCUCAGAUGCAGAAGAAACUGUCCGAGAAGGCGCUGAAGGCGAAUAACGAGCGCAAUCGAUUCGACAGACCCAAGUCCAUCCUGGAGGGAAUCAAUUUCAAGUCCUCAUCUCUUAAACAGUCCAAUCAGGGUCGCCGUCACUCACAGCGGGUCGACUCCCACGGGAAUGUUUUGCUGACAACCUUGGAGAUCCACAACGAGGUGGGAGGUAAUGAAAUCACGACCACCCUGAGCGAUACCCACAACUCCACCUCCAUUGUGUUUGACAGCUCGGGGGUUCAGUACAGAAAGCCAAGCGUGCCACAUGAAUCGGGUCGCCUCAGCCUGGACAGGAACGCAUAUCUGAAGAAGACUCGUCUGCGGAGACGAUCGUCUCAACUUAAAAUCAAAAUCCCUGACCUGACCGAUGUGAACGCCAUUGACAGAUGGUCUCGGAUUAUAUUCCCCUCUGCCUUCUCCCUUUUCAACCUUAUCUACUGGCUUUAUUACGUCAAUUAACACACCGUGCUUUUUAAUCCCAUAUUCAUCUCAUUCUAGGAUGGGAGGAGACAAAUUGAUGUGACUCACCUGACGUGGUUAAACCCUGAAGAUUUUAAUUUUAUCAUAACUGACUUUGUUGAACACCCCGGACAGUCAGAUGGGUUUGCUCACAUGACUUGUGUUUUAUAAAAGUUUGCAUGUACAGACAGUAAGUCUCUCCUCCGACCUCUGUGAACGGCUGGGACAAUGUCUUCGACAGUUUACACUGCUUUAGAUCCAUCACUGCAUCUGCCCACAUACUGACAUGUGCUCACGCUGGUUUAUACAUACGGACUAAACUCUGUCUUAAUAUUCCGAUUAUGUUUCCCCAGCUAUGAAAGAUUUAAGGAGGAAUUCUUAAAUGUGUUACUCGUUAGGUGAGAUGGUAGAUGCCACUCUUCAGUCUGACUCAAAGGUGCAACAUGGCAGCCCGCAGCUUGCUAGCAAAGCUUAGCUUAGCAUGAACACAGAAAAUGUGAAAACAGAGUUAAAGGAAGUAAGAGUUGUCUCCUGGGUUUUGUCAGGAACAAAAACAGACUUCAAUCCUUACUUUAAAAUGAAAUGACUAAUAUUGUUCUGGAAGGAGAGGGCCAUGGAUUAAACACCAGCACCCUUGGUCUCUGCCAUUACUGAAAUGAAUUUGUUUAUUAGCCGCAAAAGGACUGACGUCUUUUGUUUACUUAUUGAUUUCUUAUCCUAAAGCAGGGGCGGAUUUAGGACUGAAGAAGAUCCGGGGCUUAACACACACACAUGCGCGCGCUCACACACACACGUGACACGCACUAGUCAACAUCAUAUAUGUCUUGUACCACAUCAUUUUAAUCUGAAGCUACAUAUUAAGCAUUUUCAGGGCAGAGUAUAGUUCCUGUUAGUGUUUAGUGUGAGAUGAUAGUAAAUAUUCCCUUUCUUUCUCCAACAACUUUACCUGAUAGUAAGCUAACUUUAGGCAAACCAGCAGCACAACAAAUAUUUUCUAAUAAGACUCACAAACCUGAGUCAGCACCAGUCUCAUCAGAGCUGGGGUUCUGUCGCCGUACUUUUGGUCUAAAACACGUCCUUAUGUCCAUCUUCACUCAUGCGUUUCAGGCAGAGAGUGUAGAAGAAGCCGGCUGCUGAAGGGCUUCUUCUUCAGUGGUGGAGGCUCAGGCAGGCUGUAUACAAACUACUGCCAGCUGCUCCCUCUCUGUUGGACUUUGGUACUGCAUGUUACUUCCACGAUUUAGAUCCGGGGCUUCUGCCCAAGUAGCCGGGCCUAACGCCGCCCCUGUCCUAAAGGAAUAUUUUGGCUGUUUUGAAGUUUCAGUAACAGUAAAUAUCUUAACUAAUGUCAAUAGUAUUCUGAACAGACUCAGUUUGUAGAAAUUGUGUUGAUCAAUUAAUUAAAAUCUAUUGUGAGGGCUGCUUAGAUCCCGAUGCUUAACUUUGUCUUAAAACAUCUCCAAUCUCCAAAAUAUCGCAGUGGCUGCCAAUUCAUCCAUCCAGCCAUCCAUUGUCGGAACCCGCUUUGACCACGUAGGGUAGCGGGGGGGCUGGUGCCCGUCUCCAACAGUCAAUGGGCAAUCAGGCGGGGUACACCCUGGACAGAGAGCCAGUCCAUCGCAGCUGCCAAUUCAUAUUACAUGGUUAUUUACAGGACAUUUAUGUGGUUGUUUACAAGUGUAAAUAUCAUUUCCUCACCGACAAAGAAUCAUUUCUCAUUUUACAAAUGUUAUUCUUUAAUUUGUAAUAGAAAACAAGGCAAUAAAAUACUAAUUUUACACUGAAUCAGCCUCGCUGUGCGGAGCGUACUGUUUGACAACCGCAAUGGUGCCCUCUAUUGGCUGGUAGAUGAAACCAUAAACCCAGUGUUGUGCCUGUCAAAAUAAAUAUUUGAUUAUUUUUUUCAUUAAAAUAUAGCUUUUAAAAGAAAUACUGUAGCUUAAUUCUGCACACCUUUAAACACCCUAUGUAGGUAAUUGUCCAAGAAUAUAUAUCAGAACUAAGAUGCGCUUUACCAAGGGUUGACCUUCUAUUUAAUGAGUUAAGCCAAAAUAUGUUUCCCAGAGUAAUCCUGUAAUGUUGAAAUGACUGAAAGGUCAAAAAGGUUAAUACAAUUACAUUUGCAUAAGCUUUUAUUAAGUUUGUAUGACUGCGCUAUUUUGAGAUGGCAGCAAUCCACUUAUAAAAUUAGCUCAUUCAGACCAUCCUGUCAAGAUAACACUGUCACAUUUUUACAUGUUUAGGAACCAAAAUACUGGAGAUGAGACCCAGAAACUCAAACAAACAAAACUUUAAUAAAUAAAAUAGCUGGUAGAGCAGCACAAAAUCUGAGUUGUAAAACUCAACAUGGGACGCCCAGCCAAUCAGAGUAUCCAGUGUCUGCCCACUUCCAUGGACGUAAUUUUGGGGGGGACAUGUCCCCCCCCCCCCCUCACUUUUUCCAGUCAGGUUUUGACCCCUGCACUUUUUACCAUCCAAAAACAAUAUUACGCUAUAUUAAAUUCACACUGGUUGAGCUCUAGGACCAAGCAAAAAACAACUGUUUGUGUUGAAGCCUGUUUCCCAUUAGAACAUACUGUAAAGAUCCCCCCCCCCAUGUCCCCUCCACUUCUAAAGUGAAAAUUACGUCCAUGCCCACUUCCCUGAGUGUCCCGGUAAUUUGAACAGUACCUACGCACAGUCAGGUCAGUUUUUACUCUGUUCCUCUGCCCUGGAAGAUGUCAAUCAAUCAGAUUUUAUUUAUGAAGCACUUUUCAAACAAAAGUGCGACUCAAAGUGCUUUACAGAAUUAAAAUGACCCCAAAUUCCAACAAUAGUUUAAAAGCAUUAACAGUCUCACACACACACACGAACGCACGCGCGCGCACGCACACACACACACACACACACACACCCAAUAACAUCAGUAAAAAUUAUAUUUUUAUAUUUUGCUGAGUUCAGACGAGCCAAGUAAGGUAGGCAAGGAUAUAAAGUGCUGAAUUUACUUAACUUAAGUUCUGUUAGCUAAUUCCACUAAACCUAGUUGCUUAAAUGUAAAGAGUAACAUCCAUUGUUACAUGUUAUGGUAAAAGUAAAUGUAUAUUACAAGGGAAGCUUGAUAUUGGCAUUUUUACCCAUAUUACCCAGUAAUGUCUGAUACCAAUACAGAUACAUGCUGCAAUCCCCUCUCAUAAUAAAAUGAAACAUUUUAGGUUACUAACGUCACAUGUCUAUCAUGAAUGCUUAAAUUUAGAAAAUUUUCUGUGAAAAAUGAAAAGUACUUCAAUUUAAGUUAGUAACAGAAAAAGUGCCAUGUUUAUGACUAUGCAGCUGAAUCCCUUUCUCCCCAAGUGUGACGCUAAGGCGUGUUUAUUGGUAAUGCAUUGUUUCUUAUUCUGUAUAUUGCAGUUAUUAUUAUAAAACAUUAAUAAAGAUCUUCAGAUAAGAAAAGCAAGGCUUGGGUGAAGACUUGUUUUUGUUUUAGUCGUUUGUUAGCCGUUUAGCUACACGUAAGCUACCUGCUGUGAGGACUGAGUAUGUUCACUACACAGGGCAAAUUUCUACUUCACAAGUUAUGACAAAUAAACUAAAAUAUCUCAAAAUCAUUACCUCAGAUCUGUCACAUUUUGAGGCAUUUCGAGAAAUAGAAGUAUCUGAAGAGUUUGAUAUAAUAUGGUAUAAUAUGUGUAUGGUGUGUAAAGGUUGUCAUUAAAAGACAAAACCAUACCAAAAUUUUCCCAUUUAAAUUUUUUUUUAAUGUUAAAGGUAUUAAUGGUAGACCGAUAAUAUCAAACAUCCCAAUGUGUUGCUCUACAUUUAAACAAUUAGGUUUAGUGGAACCAGUUGACAUGACUUGGUUAAAUAAAUUCAGCGGCUUGUUUCUUACAGUGUGUAUUGAAACACACAGGUGAAGAAUGUUCCUGGUUCCUAAAGUUGUAAGGCACAUGUGCCCCAGUGUGUUGCUGCUGCUGAUACUUGUUUUUGUAAAUAAUCAGAAAACAUCGUGUAAAUAACUGCAUUGUCAAAUUACCAUCUGUGUUAAGGUCGAAAGCUUUGAAGGAACAAACUCUUUCUACAAACCGAGUCCAGUCAGUAAACAACCACAGCACGUGAGAUCAUUUUCUUUUUGUUUUAAACACAAGAGCUUAUUGUUCAUCUCUUGCCUCUGAUGACCUAACAUCCGCCCAUGUUAGAGGAUACAGAACUAAUCCAGCAAAACCGUUCUAACACAACGGCAGAGUACGAGGGAGGGAGUGUGCACCGUGGAGUUAAGAAGCAGAGAUGGUGUCAUGCCUCUACGGGCGUUUGGACCUCCUGGGACAGGAAACACCCACAACAUUCUAAAUAAAAUCAAGUUUUUAAAAGUUGUGUAAGGAUCUUUGAUUAAGUACAACAUUUUCAUAUUUGUGAUGAAAAUUAAGUGAAUGCUGAUUUAUUAGUUUUAAUGUUUAAACUCUGAGACAUCUUGUGGUUUCCUGUUGUGAUGCUAAGCUAAGCUGUUAGUCACCUGCAACAAUACAUAAAGAUGGUAUCUUUAAUCCCGCAGCCACAUACGAGUAUUGCCUACAAAAAAAUCUCUCUUUACUCAUAAUAUAAUUAAUUUUAGGUCAACAGUAUUUAAUGGCGUUUAAACCAAACUUUAAAACCACCUGCUUAGUUUUGACUAUGUCAUCUUUUAAGUUUUGUGUAAAGGCGUAAUCACUACAUGUAACUUGAUAUAACAUUAUUUUGGGGUCACGUUUCUGCUCAGAUUUCUUGACUUUCCCUGCAUUUGUUGUACAUACUUGUUGCACAUUAAUUACUCGGCUAUGUUGUCAUCAUUGUUAUUUUCAGUGAUUUCUGGCCUUGCUGUUUUGUUUUGUUAGUCUUUACACAAAAUUACGAUUUCCUAUUUGUGACUGAAAAUAUAAAACGUAAA